AUGCCCUUGGUUGGUCUCGUUCCAGUCCUCGAUAACGAUCCAGCGGACAGAUAUCGCUAUGAAGUCACAGUCUACACAGCACGCGGCAAGGACACAGGGACUACAGCAAAUGUCUCCAUCCUUGUCGCAGGCGAGGACGGACAGAGCGCGGUCCAUAUGCUAAAGAGCACAUCCAGGUCGUGUUUAUACCCAGGCGGAGUAGACUCCUUCCUUAUCACCACGCCUGAAUGCCUGGGAAGUCUGACAUUUAUCCGUAUAUGGCACGAUAACACGGGAAAAAGUCCCUCUUGGCUGUUAUCACAGGUUGUCAUCCGGGACAUUGACACGGAAGAAAAGUUCUUUUUCUUGUGUAAUCAAUGGUUGGCGUGUGAUCAAGGUGAUGGACAAGUAGACAGGCUAUUUCCUGUGGCGGGAAAAGACGAAUUGCGUGAUUUUAUGCACCUUUUCAAAGCAAAGACUAGCCGUGACUUUUCCGACGGACAUUUGUGGUUUUCCAUCGCUUUUCGACCGGUGCGGAGUCGUUUCACGUGCGUCCAGCGUGUCUCAUGUUGCUUAUCUUUAUUAAUGUGCUCGAUGUUGGUAAACGUAAUGUGGUAUCGAACACCGAUGAAAAAACAAAACAGCGUCAUUAUAGACUUGGGGUUCUUUGAAUUCACUUGGCACGAAAUACUUAUCGGCAUUCAGUCCAGUUUAAUCGUCUUUCCAAUAAACUUGUUGAUAGUUCAGUUGUUCCGGAAUAGAGGGGUCAGUCCUAAGACGAAGAAAAAAUAUGUUGAAAGAACUCGAACAGAAUCCAGCCCUCCAACACAAAAUCAUCGUAAACAGACUGCAGUGUCGCUCAGUGACAUUACGCCCACGGCUCCUCACAGGGGGUUGGAGAGUAAACGACAGGGGAAUGUGCUGUUAAAGAACUUAACCAGCAUUCGUUCACCCGUGACGAUUCGCCAGGACUCAUGGGAUGACGAAUUAUUUUGUACCCUGUUGGAGAGCCAGAUAAGUUACUCAAAAAAGGAAAUGCAAAGCAAGGAAGAGAAAACUAAGAAAGACAGCCUAAGGAUUAAAAGUGAUCAUGUGGGGGAAGUACCAGACUAUUUGUCUUCGGAUAUCUACUUCUACUUGUACAAAGACGAGCCAAGGAGUUGCCACAGAGUUUGCCCUGGGUCCAUUGGCAGUAACGAGUCCGUAAACACAACUACUGCGUUAGUUUCUCCAGAAAAACAGAAGAAAAAGAAAAAGAUGAAAAUGAAAUGUCUGUUUCCAUGGUGGUUUGUAUACAUUGGUUGGUUUUUGUGCCUUUCCACGGCAACUGUAGCAGGAUUUUUCACGCUUUUGUAUGGGCUAAACUUCGACAACAAACAGCAGGCGGAAUGGCUUAUUUCAAUGUUUGUGUCGAUGGCACAGGACGUGUUGGUCAGUCAACCAAUCAAAGUGAUUUUCAUGGCAGUCUUAUUUGCCUUACUCCUCAAGAAGCCACAAGACGAAGACGAUGACGUCAUCAACGUCGAGUUGGCGCGUGACGAGGAAUGGCUCGAGCAAAAUCUCCCGCAUGUGCAAACGGGUGACGCAAAGGUCGCUGACACACAAUGCCAGCGCCCACCAGAUAAGUACCUAAGUGUACGAACUCAAGUGUGCACUUAUCCAGGGUUGAAGAUGAGCUGUGAGGCAUCUUGUAAAUUAUUGUACAUCAAUAAUUAUGUUUAG